AAUAUGACUGACAAAUAAUAAUGCACAACUGGAAUUUCACAGGCUUGUAAACUAUCAUAACCUCAAUAAAAAAAUAAAAUAGAAAAAAAUAUUUGUUUCUUUGGGGCUGGGUACACAGACAAGGAAAAAGUAGAUUUGAUUAGACAAGUACAGCCUGGGGGAGACAAAAGCAGGGCACUCAUACCCCAGGAGGCCUCCAGGGAACCUGAAGGCAGUAAUCCCAGAAGCCCAGAGGGUGAGCCCAUUUCCUCCCCAAGCUAAUUAUGAGGUAUCAGGCUGGAGCAGUUCAGGAAUUCGGAAAACCGUAAAGAAACCACAACCUAAACAACCAUCUCCCCAAACAUCAACGUCAACAACCCUAACAAUAAAAUUUGUUAAAAUUCAUCUCCCUCCCACCCACAACCAAACGUGAAGGAGGCAGAUGGAAUUACGACAGAGGCUCUUUGCUGCCCCUUCCCGGGCCUGAUUCAUCCGCAUUCCAGACCUGGGUUUCCUAGGGUCUCAGGGAGGCGGGAAACUGACAUCCCAAUUUCUGGAUGGGGGCACCAGAGGUUGAGGACACCUCUACUCUUGCCUCAGGUCGGGAUUAAUGCAAACCGAAGUAAACGCUAUAGUUGGCAGGGCCAGAAGAAGACGGGCCUGUCCCGGUACGUGGCAAGGCCAAAAGGGCUAAACCAACCAGCAGGUGGGAGCGCAGGCGCUCGGAGCGAAAAGGAUGGGAAAGUGGGCGCGGCGAGGGCCUACGACCGGUAUUUGGGAUGGGGCCUGCGAGGCGCCUAGGGGAGGCUCCCUUGAGGGCGAGCAAUCCGAGAGCGGGCUGCUGCCCAGGGGCGGGACAGGGGCGUGUCUUGGUCGAGAUUGGAUACCCGCCGGGCGCAGGGAGGGGGCGUCGCGCCGCCUGGCUCCGCCGCUUUGCAAUUCCGCCUUGUAUACCCCAGUGGCGGCCGCGGAGGAAGCGGGCUGAGCUGCCGCGGCCGGCCUGAAUCCGACGCUCCUCCGUUUCCCGCGGAGUUCCUUGAUCCUUGGCUCGUUCCGUCCCGCCCCAAGGUUCGCUGUAUCCUUGGCCCUCUAACCUCUUUCCCGGCUCCCGAAGCUCUCGACCUCGACGUCUGCAGAACGAAAUGGUCACAGCCAUGAAUGUGUCAGAGGAAACAGGGCAGGUGUUACAGCCCUACAACUUUGAGCUGUUCCAGGACAUGAGGCCCUUUUUGGAGGAGUACUGGGCAGCCUCAUUCCUCGUAGUUCUGAUCUACCUGCUGCUCAUCUUUGUGGGGCAGAACUACAUGAAGGCACGGAAGGGCUUCAGCCUGCGGGGGCCUCUCAUCCUUUGGUCCUUCUGCCUUGCAGUCUUCAGCAUCCUGGGGGCAGUGAGGACAUGGAGCCAUAUGGGGAUCCUGCUACUCAGGGGGAACCUAGGUCAAACUGUGUGCUUCUCCAGCCACAUCCAAGAUCCCGUAGUCAGAUGCUGGUCCUGCCUCUUUCUUUUCAGCAAGAUCAUUGAACUUGGAGACACGGCCUUCAUCAUCCUGCGUAAGCGGCCACUCAGCUUUGUGCACUGGUACCACCACAGCACAGUGCUGCUGUACACGAGCUAUGGAUACAAGGACAAAGUGUCUUCAGGCGCCUGGUUCAUGACCAUGAACUACGGUGUGCACGCCAUCAUGUACACCUACUACACUCUGAAGGCUGCCAAAGUAACAGCUCCCAGGUGGUUGCCCAUGCUCAUCACCAGCCUGCAGAUCCUGCAGAUGUUUAUGGGAGCCUUUGUUAGCAUCCUGAAUCACAUCUGGAGACAGGAUCCGGGAUGCCACAGCACAUCGAAACAGCUCUUCUGGUCCUGCGUCUUGUAUAUGACCUAUUUCAUCCUCUUUGCCCGCUUCUUCCAUCAAACCUACCUAAUGCCCAAGGUCAAAGCCAAGACCAAGAGCCAAUGAAGGGUUGGAUAAAAAGAAGGAUCCCCAGGCUCUCUCUUCCCCAGGGCACCGAGGGGCUCAGCUUAGGUUUGGGAGAAUGGUUAGGACGCCUUCCCUUCAUGGUUUCCCCAUGGGAUGUGUGCCCCACGGUGGUAGGAAGUUAUGACAGACAAGAAGCAUCACCCCUGGGAUGAGGGUGUGAUCUAGUACUUUGAUAUUUCUGUGUCUAAUGUGAAGGCCAGGCAGGCCCUAGGAUGGGAAUGAGACUGAGGAAGAUCCCCAGAGCUGAGUUAUUUAUAUUUCUAUCCAUAAAUCUUUCUUCCUCUUGCCCUAUUUUUUUAAUUAAACAUUUCAACGAGG